UCUGUGAAGCCAGUGUCACUGAAGGCACUUGGAAGGGACCAAUUAGGGCUCUAAACAGACUCCAGAAACGGUGCUGAGGCUCUGCCCACCCCGGACCCGCCUGGCCACCCCACUGGCCUGAGCCUUGUGCCGGGGAGCUCCGGGCUCCAACUCGGAUUCCAGUGGGAGUGAGCCCCAGAGACCAGCCCUGGACCAGCGAUGCUCACAGUGCCCACAGGUGUCAUGAUGAUGGUCACAGUGCUUACAGUUGUCACAGUGAGGACCACAAUGCUGAGGGCUGUCACCAUGAUGACCACAGUGACUAAUGUCACAACCACAACUGCAGUGACUAUGGCUGUCACAGAGGGAGAGGCCGCAGUGCCUGAGCUCAUCCCAGAGGGGCUCUCUGGGUACCCUAACCUCUUAGGAUCUUUCUUCUCAGGCACAAGGGUCAGGAGCGAGCCUCCCAACAGCCCCCCAGCAGCCCCCCCAAUGCCGCCUCUCCCGGGGGCCUCUCCCCAGGCGGCUCUCACCCCAUCAGUGCCUACCCCACCCACCCAGUUCACCCUCUAUACCAACCCUCUCUUCUUAUCUUGGCUCAUCCCGGCCCUGCUCCUGCUCCUGCUGCUGCUCUGGUUCAUCUGUCGCCUGUGCUGCAAGAAGACUGUCAAGGAGCCACCACCGACCCAGGAAAGAGCAAAGGAGCCUGAGGAGACAUGUCCCAUGCAAACAUGCCCCACGGUGAUUGUCCCCUGUGGAUGCCAAGGAGGCCGGAUGGAACGGAUGGAGGGAAAACUGGAUCAUUUGUGUGACUUUGUUCAGCGCUGCAGCCAGGCACCAGUGAUGUGGCGCCCGCCCAGGGCCGUGGGGAGAUGCAUCAGUGUCGCCCUAAUGAAGCCCCACUGUGGGCAUCUGCCCUGCAGCCCCAAGAUCUGCGUUCAGCCCAGCCGGGAGCGCUUCCCCAUCAAGAACUUCUGCUCACGGUGCCAACACCCCCUGUCCAUGUGCCCCAGGCUUCCCUCCAGGAUGCUGCCGCUGAUCCACCCCCCUGCCCCCUCGCACCCUAUUGUCCUGAGGAAGUAGACAUGAUGUGUCCCACUCCCAACGGCUGCGUGUUCAUUUGUCACCAAGGGCUGUGAUGCAUGCGGUUAUAGCCAAAUUCUGCCCUUUGAACAAAGCCCCAAACAUCCUUGAAAUAUUAAUACAAUCCUGUGUCUCCUUCCCUAA